CUACGAGAAGCACAGCACCAUGAAGACGAUGGAGAGCGACAUGGCGGCGCUGGAGCUGGACAUCGAAGCUGCGUUCGAGCCCAGGGAGGAGAUCAGUGGAGGCGCUUCGUCGUCUUCGGAGGAAGCCUCAUCGUCGUCAGAUCAGAUACCGCUGGUACCACCGCCCCUCAGCACCAUUGACGACGACGACGAUAUCACGAGUCAGCUGUUGAGCAUGCUGGCCGAGGAGAUGUCUCAAAAGAAGCGCAAACGCAAUCUCAAGACUGCCGGCCCCAGCACCACGGGCAUCCGACAUCGCAAAGCGCUGGCAUUGGCCUCUCCCGCCGAUGAGCUGAUACGCGAGAAGAACCGCGACUCAGUCAAGCGCUCAUACUACCGCAAGAUUGAGACGCUGGGAGAGCUGAGGGCACACACGGAGUACUUGCGCGACCAGUACAACCGACUGUUGGCCCAGUGGGAGGACAAGACAGAGAGAGAGAAAGCGGAAACGGCGAAGGAUCCGUCCAGCCUCAUGAAAAGAUACUUGGAACUCUCGAGGCUACGCGACCGACUCUGGCUGGAGAACACACAGCUUCACGAACAAUUCGAAGACCGCGAGAAGAUCUCGUUCCGCUUUCAGAGACUCUUUGACGUUAACUAUCAGCUCAUGGACCACUCAGUCGCCGCGCCAAUCGAGGACGAUAAGAAGGACCACCGUGUACAGACACCCAUGCUAAUAAUGGACGAAAUGUCUGUUGAGAGCUUUAACAAAUUCGCGCAGGAUGCGCAGCGCACAUUUGAGGCAUUCGUUGCCAGUCGCCACCACAUGAUCACGACAGACACAGCGCUCGGCUGGACGUGCUCGCACGUAGCCAAAGACAAUUCAUUUGGCUACUACUUUGAGAAAAGUUUCGGCCACAGUUCAUACACUAGCGCCUCGGAAGUAGCACGCUCGGCAUGGCAGACGCUCACGUCGCCUGAACGCCACUCGAAGCUGUACGCGCCGGCGUUGCACACGCGCUUUCAUAUCAUGCAGCAGUUUGACAACAACAGCUACGUGCUGUACCGCACAAUGGAGAAGGAAGGUGAAGACUCGAUCACUACAGCGCUCAUCAUCAUGACGCGCAUUCCUCACCCGAAUGACUCUGGUUGCCUCAUUAUCUGCAAAGGCUUGCGUCGGGAGGAGCACACACUCCACGUCGAGUUCAGGGAUGCAAUCGCGCUGCAGAAGAAGAAGGAGUGGCGGCAGUCCAUGUACUGGAUUAACGUCGAGGAGGUGCCUUUGGACGACUAUAACAACAGCGAGGAGGUAUGCGUGGAGAAUCAGGAGAAGAAACUUAAGGUCGUGCACGGUGGCAUUAUGAAUAACAUGGGUGACCGUAGCCGCUCCUUCUGGUUGUUCGAGAACCUCCAGAUCGCCCUACGCUGGGAACAGAACCUUGGGCUGGGCGAGCCGCUCAGCUAGAGCGGCUCGGCGAAGGCAGACCUUUGUUCUACUCAUCAUCGAUUGCGCUUUUCCAAAAAUGAAUGACUGGCAGGGCGCCACACCAAACACCGUGCGCCGCACAUUGUACGUUACAAUUUGUAACACCAGUCUCCCGGAGACUCUCCGCGAAAUUAAGGGUCGAUGAGACUUGCAUUCAGGCUCCUCCCCGCCGCCAAUGUAACGAUGCUUAUCAUGGCGUGUCGUUAUCCGCUGUGGAACCAGGAUUGAUUUUCAAGUGAACAUUUCACUACCGGUAUCAAACUGCAAUAUACCCA